AGGAAGGACACACACAAUGGUAGCCAACGUUGUGGUCCAUGGGCGCUCACGCCCGUGACGCAGGCACAGAGAAAGACCUUCGCAGCAGUACAGCAGCAUUUUCAGCACCAUUGCAGUUCUCAUCUAGCUGAACCGCGAGGAAAAGCUAGAGAUAAUCGACAAGGCUUGUUUUCAGGCCUGGCAACAUCUAGCAGAAUGACUAAAGAGCAGACUGCCGAGGUGGAGGAGGAGGCCCAGCCUGCCUCUGAGUACCAGAGCCCAGUUCAUGAGCCCCGGAAGAGGCCCAUGGUCCACCCAUCUGCACAGGCCCCCCUCCCCAAAGACUAUGUCUUCACAUUCUUUGACCCAAAUGAUCCUGCGUGUCUGGAGAUCCUGCUGGAUCCGCGCACCACCAUCCCAGAGCUUUUCGCCAUCAUCCGUCAGUGGGUCCCACAGGUCCAGCACAAGAUCGACCUCAUCGGAAACGAGAUCUUAAAGCGUGGUUGCCAUGUCAAUGACCGUGAUGGACUGACAGACAUGACCUUGCUCCACUACAGUUGCAAAGCCGGGGCCCAUGGUGUUGGUGACCCUACCGCUGCCCUCAGGCUGUCCAAUCAGCUCAUUUCCCUGGGGGCAGACGUAAGUCUCCGCAGCCGCUGGACCAACAUGAACGCCGUGCACUAUGCUGCAUACUUCGACGUGCCAGAGCUGAUUCGCAUUCUCCUCAAGGCCUCCAAACCUAGAGUACUGAAUUCCACCUGCAGUGACUUCCACCAUGGCACAGCCCUGCACAUUGCAGCCUCCAACCUGUGUCUGGGAUCAGUCCAGUGUCUGCUAGAGCAUGGAGCCAACCCCACUGUCAGGAAUGAUAAAGGGCAGGGGCCAGCCGAGGUGGUCCCUGACCCCAUGGACAUGACUCUGGACAAAGCGGAGGCGGCCAUGGUGGCCAAGGAGCUGAAGCAGCUGCUGCUGGACUCUGUGCCACUCAGCUGCAACCUGCCCCGCGCCACCCUGCUCAACUACGACAACAUCCCUGGCAACCUCAUGCUCACCUCCAUCGGCCUGAAACUGGGAGACCGUGUGGUGCUGGACGACAUGAAGACGGGCACCCUGCGCUUCUGUGGGACCACGGAGUUCGCCAGUGGCCAGUGGGUGGGGGUGGAGCUGGACGAGCCAGAGGGCAAGAACGACGGAAGUGUGGGAGGGGUGCGCUACUUCAUCUGCCCCCCCAAACUGGGUAUCUUUGCUCCAGUGUCAAAAAUCGCUAAAGCUGUUGAGCUGGCCCCCUCCUCUGUCACCUCCACACCCAAGACACCCCGCAUGGACUUCUCCCGCGUCACAGGAAAGAACAAGAAAGAAAAGAAGGAAAUAAUGGAGAGAGAGAAAGCUCUGAGGAAGAAGUCUAUGUCCGUAGCCAGUCUGGACCCAGAUGGGGUGAAGGUGGAACUUGGAGAUCAGGUGCUGGUUGCUGGUGUGAAGCAGGGAAUCAUACGCUAUUACGGAAAGACAGACUUUGCCCCAGGUUACUGGUUUGGUGUGGAGCUGGAGAAUCCCACAGGAAAGCAUGAUGGGUCUGUUUUUGGUGUCCGCUACUUCAACUGCAUGCCCAAGUACGGUGUCUUUGCACCCCCAUCUCGCGUGCAGAGAAUCUGCGGACCAAAGGACGGUCAUAGCGGCGACGGCACGAUGGUGAAGAAAGUCCACCAGGUGUCUAUGAACCAGCCAAAGCGUAAAUUCAACACGGUGAGGUCACCCAAGGACAUCACCUCUGAGAAUUCAAUAUCACGAUUGCUGUUCUGCUGCUGGUUCCCCUGGAUGCUGCGUGCUGAGAUGCAGUCCUAACCACCCUCCUCCUUCCUCCUCCUCUUCCUCCUCCUCAAAAGAUCUACUGCUCUCCUCCUCUUAAUGUCCAUCUUUUAUUUGUGCUUUCCUCUGGCUGUUGCUGUCAGAAUUACAGUAGUGAACCACCACCCCCCCCCCCCCCCCAUAAUCUCAGUCAGUCCUAUAGCAAAACCUAGUGCCUUGUACGUUAACUAACAUCCCGCAUUCUGUUUGUAACACUAAUAACGAGACUAAAUCAUUGUAACCCGAAAUCUGGGAUACAAACCCUACAAAAGCAAUUAUCUAAUAGAUAUAAAUCACUUCGUUUUUUCUAAGUUACUCUAUUUCAGAAGUUGCCAAAACGUCAGAAGUUGCCAACACCCUUUGUCCAGUCAGCCAACUUCUUAUGCCAUGGAGCUUCUACUAGGGAACCUUUCAAAUGACUAAGUACAUGAUGCUGUACUCUGUUGUUUUUCUGCUGCUUCAUCCUAAUUCCCUGUAUUUCAGAGGAGACCAAGGGCCUCAACGUAAUGCCUGGUCUGUCAGUGUGAACCGACUGUAGAUGGCCAUGUUGCGCUAAAGGGAUUUAUCCAAAAUGUGGAUGUGUGAGUCAAAUUGUGUUCCAAAUAAAUGUUCACAUCAACAUGCCUUUUAUUGUGAAAAGAUGAGAUAUGAACAUACGGUCAUGUUCUUCUGAUGGUGUAUGUUCAAAAGUAAACAGGGUUUAAUAUUAUUCGGGAUUCCGACAUCUGCUAUUUCUCCACUUGCACUCUGAGCAUUUCCCCAAAUAUGCAAUUGGAAUGAUGUAUAUAAUAUUGAUUUGCUUGUUAAUGGGCUUGUGUUAAUUGUAGUAUGCUCACAGGUGAUACAAAAACAAGGUUCUGGUAGCCUACUAAAUUUGUUGACAGAGCCCUGUUAAAUACUAGUUACCUGUUUUACCGGUUUUAGGUAAGGUAAUGCUAGCACGUACAUAUAUGUUCAUCAUAAUGUCCCAACUUAAUUGCAGAAGGAGAACUUUAUCUGCGCAGAUAUCUUCUGUACCCUUGAAAGACAAUUUUCUAGCAAUGGUUUAAAUCGUGGCAAUAUAGACAGCGCCAUUUGUCAAUAACUGGGUCAAAUAAGACUUUCAGAACUUGGUCUUAGGUGUUUAUUGCACUUUGAGCCAGUUGGUCUCAAAUCCAAGUUAUGCUAACCAAAAUGUCUGCUAACCCCAAAAUGUAAUGGCAGGUAAUGUAAGGGAAAACCACCUAGAUUAAUAUUGUUUAAGCUGUUGUCUUUAUUGUGUAGCAUGAAGUACCAAUAACAUAACUUUUGCUUAACUUUAACUUAAACGUACUGUUAGCGAAAAGCUUUAUUUUUUGUUUAUAGAAAUCUACAAGGGUACCACAAUAUACUUGUUAAAGGUACAUUUUUUGAUAAACCAGUGCCCUCCUCCCCAUCUCUAGGUUUGUUGUUGCAGCAAUGGUGUUAAUCUCAGGCUAAAUCUGCACAGACGGAACACCUGCUAGCUCAGUGCUACCACAGUUUACACCCCCUGUUGGCUAUCCUCCCAUGCUUCUCUCUCCUUCUCUCUCAAAGUUAGACUUUGGUAGGUUUGUGAGUGUGAGCAUUAGAUACAGAUCUGACCGUCUGAACUUGUGUGUGCUUAAUGUCAAAACCUACGAGUAUGUGCAUAAAAACAGAAAUAUUUAACCUGUGUACUUAGCUAUGUGGAUACGGAUAGUGUCUUUGUCUACUGAACACUAUGUAAGCACAUCAUGAGGAGGAGAAAAAAACACCUGAACUUGCUCCUGCACUCUUUGAACACCGUUGUGAACAUCCUGUGUUAAUAACAGCACCGUGAAACGGCAAGAAAUACUCAUUAUCAGGAAGGGUCUAAAAACUCGUGCACCAUGUCGUAUUCCGAAAUCGCCACUUAUCCAAUGUGGUACUGAACAAUGUGGAACUGAAGGCAACAAUGUGUGGUUGUUUUUGAUAUUGCUAGCGUACGGUUAUGACUAGGUCUGUAAGAGAGCCGCAGAACAACGAGGAUGCUAUGAGGGAGUCGGCUUCAGCUUCAUUUGAUCUGAAUAAGGGACAUUAGUAUAUCCAGUUUGAGAGGAACUCAUUCAUUACACCUCAAAGUCAUGUAAUGGGAUACUUAGUAACCUGUGGCAAUUGGAACUUUUCUCCUUUUUGUAUUUCAUUGAAUUAUGACUAUGUCAACACAAAGUAUUGCAAACUUUGUCAGGACAGCUCACUUUGUUCAAAUCUUCUGUUAGCCAAAUAUACUCAAAUUUUGUGUCAAGAAGGACUGAGUUUCUUUACUAUUGUGAGCAUUGUUUAGUAGAUAAGAAAAUCAUCCUCGCCUCAUGCUGAAGUGCUUGAUAAUGAGUAAGAAUACAUUAACCAUUUCUUGUCUUUACUACUUAUGUUGGAGAAAUGUCAUUAGAAAUAAGUAUAGCAACAUUGUUCAUAUUUACUAAAUGGUUGAGUUGAGUAGGUGGUUGACUGGCAGAUUUAAUGCUCAAGUAAAGUGACCAAAAUGGUGUAGUUAUUGCCUGACUUUUACGCUCUAGUAGCAUAAUAAGUCCCACAAUAUGCCAGUAGAUGUCACUAAUGUGUCACUUUUAUCAUCUCUACAACUAACAACACGACAAGAAUCUACAUUGAUGAGUCCUCCACUCUUCAAAUGUUUUUUAUUUAUUCAACAUUAUGUACGUUGAUAUAACCUUAUUAAGUGGUGUACUGUCAUUAUUUAAAAAAGUUUAAAAAAAAUGUUAUUCUAAAACUUGAUCUCAACAAUGGUUAAUUUUCUUCACAGACAUGUCAUAGCAGUUUGUUAAAAAUAUAUUUUGAUAAUUUCACUAAGUGUACUUUUAUUUAGUUUUGUAGUGUGUUGGUGUCUGUGUCCCAAAACAGGUAAAGGGGGCUGUAAUGUUGGAUUUAUUAUAGUGUCAGGAAUAAUAUUUUUUGCAUGCUCUUCAUUUUCUGAAAGUUUCUUUUUCCAACGGUGUAUCUCAGCAUGAAAAUGCUUAUAAUUACAACUCUGACUAUGAAUCUAAUAAAAGUUUAUGUUGUUUUCUACA